UCGCAGCUAUUCCUGACUUGCAUUUUCUGGUCGACCUUCUCACUUGUUCUGUAUGACUUUUUAAACAUCAUUUUGUUAGUUCUGGUGUGGUGUCGUUAUAAUUGGUUUCGCUCUGUUCUUUCUGCUUAAAUAUUAAUGAUACUGAGGAAGUCAAAAGAUAGCUUCAAUAAUGGUUGCCACGGAGUAAGAUGGAUGGUAGCUUUGAUUGUGAUUGUGGUGAGCUGGAGCCACCUGAUCAUUAACAGAAGGCAUCUUUUGUAAAUCAAGAGCUGCCAGUUUCCUGUUUAACCAGACUGUAAACAAAGGAGAGGAAAAAGGAGGAAGAAGAAAAAAUAGUGCUUACCAGCACCGUAGAAUGACGCUGCUCAGGACCAGUCCAACACUGAAUGUAUCUGCACUGUGAGGAGGAGGAUGUUAAUAGAAGCCUAUUAUGUGCAUAUUUAUUCACAUUUUUGUUAAAUGUUAACCAGUUUAGCACAGUAGAGCUGAGUGCAUAGUAUGUCAUUUCAUUCCGUUUGAGUUUCUUGUGAGUAUUUUCUUUAAUGUCUGCAGAAAUGCUGCACCUUUCUUGAACUAUGAAUGCUGCAAUCUUUCUAUCUUAUGCUCGGUUUGAGUUCUAGAGCUGACGGGCUCUAAAUUCAAGGGGACACAACAGGCCUGGCUGGCUCAUAAUGAAAUGAGAGUGUCAAGAAACCAUCUUGCAGUCGAAGCCAAGUGUUUCUUCUCCCUUUCCGUAAGACCUUUCCUUCAGAUUCCAGUGGAAGUGUCUCCGUGUGUUUACAGAAGCUUAGUAGUUUGAGGAAAAAGAAAACGUAAAGAAUUUUAAAAUGGCAGAGAAAUUUGAAAGUCUCAUGAACAUUCAUGGUUUUGAUCUGGGCUCUCGGUAUAUGGACUUAAAACCACUGGGCUGUGGUGGAAAUGGCUUAGUUUUUUCUGCUGUCGACAAUGACUGUGACAAGAGAGUGGCUGUCAAGAAAAUUGUCCUUACGGAUCCCCAGAGUGUGAAACAUGCUCUACGUGAGAUCAAAAUUAUUCGAAGACUUGACCACGAUAACAUUGUCAAAGUAUUUGAAAUCCUUGGUCCUAGUGGAAGCCAGUUAACAGAUGAUGUGGGCUCCCUGACAGAGCUGAACUGUGUUUACAUUGUCCAGGAAUACAUGGAGACGGAUCUGGCUAAUCUGCUAGAGCAAGGCCCUUUACUGGAAGAUCAUGCCAGACUUUUCAUGUACCAGCUGCUACGUGGGCUCAAGUAUAUCCACUCUGCAAAUGUUCUGCAUAGAGAUCUCAAACCAGCUAACCUUUUCAUUAAUACCGAAGACUUGGUGCUGAAGAUUGGGGACUUUGGUCUUGCACGAAUCAUGGAUCCUCAUUAUUCCCACAAGGGCCAUCUUUCUGAAGGAUUGGUAACUAAAUGGUACAGAUCACCCCGGCUUUUACUUUCUCCUAACAACUACACUAAAGCCAUUGACAUGUGGGCUGCAGGUUGCAUCUUUGCUGAAAUGCUGACUGGGAAAACCCUCUUUGCAGGUGCGCAUGAACUUGAACAGAUGCAGUUGAUUCUAGAAUCAAUUCCUGUUGUACAUGAGGAGGACCGUCAGGAGCUUCUCAAUGUAAUUCCAGUUUACAUUAGAAAUGAUAUGACUGAGCCACACAAACCUUUAACUCAGUUGCUUCCAGGCAUCAGUCCUGAAGCACUGGACUUUCUAGAGCAAAUUCUGACAUUUAGUCCCAUGGAUCGAUUGACAGCAGAAGAAGCUUUGUCCCAUCCUUACAUGAGCAUUUAUUCCUUUCCAACGGAUGAGCCUAUUUCAAGUCAUCCUUUUCACAUUGAAGACGAGGUUGAUGAUAUUCUGCUGAUGGAUGAAAGUCACAGCCAUAUAUAUAAUUGGGAAAGAUACCAUGAAAGUCAGUUUUCAGACCAUGACUGGCCUAUUCAUAAUAACUAUGAAGCUGAUGAAGUUCAGCGUGAUCCAAGGGCUCUUUCUGAUGUUACUGAUGAGGAAGAAGUGCAAGUAGAUCCUCGCAAAUAUUUGGAUGGAGAUCGUGAAAAGUAUCUGGAGGAUCCUGCUUUUGACACCCACUUCUCUACUGAGCCUUGCUGGCAGUAUUCAGAUCACCACGAAAACAAAUACUGUGAUCUGGAAUGUAGUCACACUUGUAAUUACAAAAUGAGGUCAUCUUCAUACCUAGAUAAUUUAGUUUGGCGAGACAGUGAAGUUAACCAUUACUAUGAGCCCAAGCUUAUUAUAGAUCUUUCAAACUGGAAGGAACAGAGCAAAGAAAAGUCUGAUAAGAAAGGCAAGUCUAAAUGUGAAAAGAAUGGAUUGGUGAAAGCCCAGAUAGCACUUGAGGAAGCAUCACAGCAACUCGUUGAAAAAGAAAGGGAGAAGAAUCAAGGAUUUGACUUUGAUUCGUUUAUAGCAGAAACCAUUCAGCUUAGUUUACAACACGAGCCUACUGACGUUGAUAAAUUAAAUGACUUGAAUAGCUCGGUGUCUCAGAUGGAGUCGAAAGGUUUAAUAUCGAAGUCGGUAAGCAGAGAGAAGCAGGAGAAGGGAAUGGCUAACUUGGCACAGUUAGGAGCUCUGUACCAAACUUCUUGGGACAGUCAGUUUGUAAGUAAUGGGGAGGAGUGCUUCCUCAUAGACCAGUUCUGUUGUGAGGUGAGGAAAGAUGAACAAGUUGAAAAAGAAAAUACUUACACCAGUUAUUUGGACAAAUUUUUUAGUAAGAAAGAAGAUGCUGAAAUGCUAGAACCUGAGCCAGUAGAAGAGGGGAAGCUUGGGGAGAAGGAGAGAGGGGAGAGCUUUCUCAGUAACAGUGGAGAACUCCUGUUCAACAAGCAGCUUGAGGCUAUAGGUAUUCCUCAGUUUCAUAGCCCCGUUGGUUCGCCACUGAAAUCCAUCCAGGCCACGCUAACGCCUUCCGCUAUGAAAUCAUCUCCCCAGAUUCCCCACAAAACGUACAGCAGCAUUCUGAAACACCUAAAUUAAAACACUCAGCAGACAUUUCUUUUAUAUUCAUGAGCUGUGUUUGUCUUUUUUUAUUACUAGUGUAAGUAAUUUUUUUACUUGAAUCAGACGGUGUAAUUUUGGUAUGGAUUUCAUUAGCUUUCUGUUUACCAUUGUUUUUACGAUCCAGAAUUCCUUUCUAUACAUCAGUUAGCUUUGUUUUUAAACUGGCAUGUCGUUUGCACACAGAAUUAAAGAAUAGAGCAAAAUAAUGCAAAAUGCAGGAGGUAACAAAAAGUGCACUAAACCAAGUAAAGAAACAAAACCAUUCUCUCAGUAAAACAGUGUCCAUGUUUUGCAGGAAAAAAAAAAAAAGAACCUUGCCUUGAAAUGUACACAGUGAGACUGUACAGAAAUUGCAUGAGAAUAUCUAUUUUUUUUUUCCCAAUAGGUUGUUGUUUUAUUUUUUCCAGACGUGCAUCUUUGAGAGGGUUUCAUACUGUACACAUUUCUUAGACACAUGAUACCAGCAGCAACUGAAACGAAUGCAGAAUUUGGUACGCAUGUGUUAUCUACCUCAAGGUAACAGCAGUAUGUGGCAAAACGUUCACCACCCAUAGUGCUUCUCAUGCUGCACUUCUAUUUAGCCAGCAUUAUCGUAGUCGCUCUUCUUACUGAAAAUCAUUCGGUAUUUAUAAAUGUUCUGGUAUGCAUUCUUUAUAGUGAAGUGUUAAUAUGCAGCACUUUUAUUUAUUUUAGCAGAUAAGUCUAUUUCUGUAAUUAUAGAAAGGCAACUUAAUUUGGGAGUUACGUUUCAGAUACGAGUUUUUGUUUAGCACUAUGGUUUUAUUGCCUACAUAGCUGGAUAUAUAUCGACAUGGGCUUAUUCUGAGGCUAUCCAAUACAUUUUUUUUCUAGUUUUCAUUUCAAGUAAAGCACUCACUGUGUAUAGGAAUUUGUAAUUGGAGGUGCUUGAUCUCUACAAAAGAAAUUAGGAAUCGCUUUAUUAUAAAACGCUCCUAGAAGUCUUAAUUGUGUUCAUUUCUAAAACCUUUUGUAACGUUAGUUGUGUGCAUGGAAAUAAUUAAGGUACAACAUUACUGUAGGUUAAAGUUCUAUAUGGUGAGACAUUUUGUUUUUACUGUAUGUUUUUACUGAAUGAUUCCUGCCCCCUUCCCUCCCCCCCCCCCAAAGCAAGCAUGAAUUAAAAUUAGGUUAAA